ACGUACAAUGGCACCGCCAUCGCGCGGAUUCAGCCCUCCUGCAUGACGCAAAUUGACUCUUAUUUGGAGGCCCUUGAUAACGGGGACGAUUGGGCAGUGCGAGUUUCAGAUGCCUCGGGCCGAUAUUCUGGAGGUCUUCUGACCGGUAAUGAAUUUGCACUCGGAUCGAAAGCCCUCUGCCAAGAUGUCGACGAGGAAUCGAAGCUGAGGAAUGGAAGUGGAGCUCCCUUUGGAGUGGGAUUUUUCACUGCUCAAGUGACAGUCCACGUCAAUUUCUCAUCAUUGCCCUCUAGCCGCGGCCUACUAGUCGGAAUUUGUCUUCCAAGAAUAUGUUCUGAGAGUGACGUGAAAAAUCUACUACAAUCAGCGGUUGUCAGAAACAAUUUCACAAGCAUUCGAGUCCGGGCUGUUUCCGAAAAGUACCAGUAUUGGAGCGAUCCAAAAUUCACCCUGUUACUAUGGACCAGUAUCGUCAUAGGAACUUUAAUGUUGGCUGGAACCUGUUACGAUUUGUUAGUUCCUGAUCCUGCGUGUGCGGAACCUGUGAGGGGUAUUUUCCAUCCCUCGGAAAUGAGAAUAUCGGGACAGACCUUAUUUUUCAACAGUUGCCUGAAAAUGAAGCAUGAUCAGACACCGGGAAUAGUCACAGACAUGGUCAAGAAUAAAGCCCCUUUACCGAUAGUUUCAGAUCUCACCGAAGCUUAUCAAAUGACCGCUGUUGGAAGCAAAAUGAGACAAAUGAUUCAAACAUCUCGACCAAAAAUCCAUUUCAUGAGCGAACCAAAUAACUGGAGCAAAGCUCACAAUAUAGCGACUGAGGUUCUUCUAGCCUUUUCGGUGCCAAGAAACAUUCGAAAAAUUGGAAGUUUUGAAGUCGGCGAUGACACAUUAGCACCUUUGCACGGAUUGCGUUUCCUAAGCAUGCUGUGGGUCAUUCUAGUCCACACCUGUCUCCUUAUUUUUCAAGUUGCCGAUAAUAAAUCAUUUCGUUCGAAAGUUGAGGAUAACUUUCUAUAUCAAACUGUUAGCAGUGGCACCUACUCCGUGGACACUUUUUUCUUCAUCAGUGGAUCUCUUGUCUCGUUCCUUUAUUUCCGCACUUGCGCCAAAUUCACCAUGAAGGAAAUGACAAAUAUGGAUCAAGAGCUUCAAGGGCAGCUUGUACAGUUCAUCACGAUGCUUCUUUACAGGUUCAUCAGACUUACGCCUCCAUAUCUUGUGAUGAUUUGGAUUGUCGAGCUACAGAUGAAGCAUUUCCGCGAUCAUGCAGUUUUGGAGUUUCCAUCCUUGGACCACGUCAACUGUCCUAAAUAUUGGUGGCGAAACAUCUUUUACGUAAAUACGUUUUAUCCAGUCAAAGAAAGAUGCGUCAUUUGGAGUUGGUAUUUAGCAGAUGACACUCAAUUCUUCGUAAUUGGUAUUAUCCUUCUAAUCGUGGCUGUCAAGUAUUUUAAAGCGGCAGCGAGUGCAGUUGGGUUGCUUCUUCUUGCAUCGUGGACCAUCUCCGCAGUGAUAACUGUAAACUCCAGUUAUAUUCCGUCAUUUAAGGAUCCUUUUGCUAAUUAUGAUCUAGUAUACGAGAAACCUUGGACAAGAGCCGGUCCGUAUUUGGUGGGUAUGAUGACUGGAUGGUUUCUGUUCAAGAAAAAAAAUUCAUUUUCACCAAAUAAGGUUUCAGAGAGGAUCGGAUGGGUUUUUGCAAUUGCAACAAUGCUCGCUCUGAUUUAUGGGCUUUACUACAUUCAGCUGGGGCCUGUCAGUUCUGCUGUUUAUGUUGCGUUAAGCCAUACUUCAUGGGCUCUCGCGCUUUCCUGGAUCAUAAUUAUGUGCAUGAUUGGUCGAGCAGGUUUCAUUGAUAAAGUUUUAUCCUUCAAAUAUUUGUAUCCUUUGAGUAGGAUAACUUAUUGCGCUUACUUGAUACAUCCUCAACUCAUGCGAUCGGCUGUUCUCACUUCUGACGCUACCACUCACAUCUCAGUGCAAAUGGCUGGAUUCACGCCGUGUGGAGUCUGUUUCCGCAGAUCCGCCCGUCAGCUCCCUGAAAAUUUGUCGCCACCACCGGGAUACAAACCUGGGACCAAACCAAAUUCGGAAGUUUACCCUAAAGACUCUCUUGGAAAGUUAUUCCCUGGAGGAUAA